CUCGCCUGGAGCUCCCUUCGCCCUGCUCUGUCUCCUUUCUGGCUUCUCACUCUUAGGACCGCACUCAGACCCCCGCGUUUACUCGUCACCCCUCUGUCGCUGUCACCAUGACGCCUACGCCGCCGUUGUUCCUGCUGCUGCUCGGCCUCAUAGGGGCUCAGGCCACCGUUGAUCUCCGCACAGCUGCCGCCAUGGCGGCAGGCAUGUGCAAAACUCGUCCCACAGACAUUGUGUUCAUCAUCGACAGCAGUCGGAGUGUUCGCCCUUCAGAGUUUGAGCAGGUCAAGGUCUUCCUGGCUAAGGUCAUCGAGGGGCUGGAUGUUGGACCCAACGCCACCCGUGUGGGAGUUGUCAACUACGCCAGCCGUGUCAAGAGCGAGGUGUCUCUGAAGACACACCGCACCAAAGCCGGGCUGGUUAAGGCUGUGACCAAGAUCGAGCCCCUGUCCACUGGAACAAUGACCGGUCUGUCCAUCCAGUUUGCCCUGAAUGUGGCCUUCAGUGAGGCCGAGGGUGCUCGUGUCAAAUCUCCUGAUAUCAGCAAGGUUGCCAUUAUUGUGACAGACGGGCGUCCCCAGGACAAUGUGAAGGAUGUGGCUCAGCGUGCACGGGAUGCCGGUAUUGAGAUUUUUGCCAUCGGUGUAGGCCGUGUGGACAUGAGCACCCUGAAGCAGAUGGCCAGCGAACCUUUGGAUGACCAUGUGGACUACGUGGAGAGCUACAGCGUCAUCGAGAAGCUCACCAAGAAGUUCCAGGAGGCCUUCUGUGUGUCGGACCUGUGUGCCACCGGGGAUCAUGACUGUGAGCAGGUAUGCAUCAGCAGCCCCGGAUCAUACAAGUGUGCCUGCAAAGAUGGCUUUACCCUCAUGGACAAUGGUCGCAGCUGCAGUGCUUGCAGCAACUCAGCGACAGAUGUGGUGUUCCUGAUCGACGGCUCUAAGAGCGUGCGCCCUGAGAACUUUGAGCUGGUCAAGAAGUGGAUCAACCAGAUCGUCGACAAAUUGGAUGUUUCUGAUAGCAAGGCUCACGUUGGACUGGUUCAGUACUCCAGCACAGUCAAACAGGAGUUCCCCCUGGGCCGCUACAACAACAAGAAAGACCUGAAGGACGCUGUGAAGAAGAUGGCCUACAUGGAGAGGGGAACCAUGACAGGACUGGCUCUCCGCUAUUUGACAGACAACAGUUUCAGCCUCGGUCAGGGCGCUCGGCCUGGAGUCGCCAAGGUGGGCAUCGUCUUCACUGAUGGACGCAGCCAGGACUACAUUGGGGAUGCCGCUAAGAAGGCCAAGGAGCAUGGCUUCAAGAUGUACGCUGUUGGAGUUGGCAAUGCAGUGGAGGAUGAGCUGAAAGAGAUCGCCUCCGAGCCAACUGGAGAGCACUACUUCUACACCGCCGACUUCAAGGCCAUGUCCCAGAUCGCCAAGAAGCUGCAGAUUAACAUCUGUCAAGAAGAGGACCCUUGCGAAUGCGACUCCCUUGUAAAGUUCCAAAAGAAAGUAGAAGACGCCCUACAGGCACUAACAAAAAAAUAUAUCCUUUCCAGCGGGUGA